AUGGAAAUUAUUGAAUUCCCACUAGAAGUCGGCACUUUAUACUUACAGAUUUUGAAACUAGACGAGUGUGCUUAUGUGUAUAUUGGGAAAGAUGAGUGCCCUUUUAACAAUCUGAUUAUGGGAAUUCAGACAAAAUAUGUAAGCAUAAUAUAGAAUCCAUUGCCGAAUAUUGUGCAUAUCAUGGGAUUUGAAGAAAGCUGAACAUAUUUUAUACAGAAAAUCUGCAAAAAAAUAAAUAUGCAAGUAGUUUUUUCUAUUAAUAUUGAAGGAGUUAACCCUGAGAUGAUUCCCAUAAUUGAGGAAGCAAUUAUAAAAACAUUAUCAUAA